GGCAGCGCGGGAAGGCAGCGCCAUGCUCGUCGCCGUCCUGGUGGCGCUGUGCCUGUGGCUGCGCCUGGCGCUGGGCGUGCGCGGUGCGCCCUGCGAGGCGGUGCGCAUCCCCAUGUGCCGGCACAUGCCCUGGAACAUCACGCGGAUGCCCAACCACCUGCACCACAGCACGCAGGAGAACGCCGUGCUGGCCAUCGAGCAGUACGAGGAGCUGGUGGACGUGAACUGCAGCGCCGUGCUGCGCUUCUUCCUCUGCGCCAUGUACGCGCCCAUCUGCACCCUGGAGUUCCUGCACGACCCCAUCAAGCCGUGCAAGUCGGUGUGCCAGCGCGCGCGCGACGACUGCGAGCCCCUCAUGAAGAGGUACAACCACAGCUGGCCCGAGAGCCUGGCCUGCGACGAGCUGCCCGUCUACGACCGCGGCGUGUGCAUCUCGCCCGAGGCCAUCGUCACCGACCUCCCGGAGGACGUGAAGUGGAUAGACAUCACGCCAGACAUGAUGGUGCAGGAGAGGCCUCUUGACGUUGACUGUAAACGCCUGAGCCCGGAUCGAUGCAAGUGCAAAAAGGUGAAGCCGACUUUGGCAACAUACCUGAGCAAAAACUACAGUUAUGUUAUUCAUGCCAAAAUAAAAGCUGUGCAGAGGAGUGGUUGUAAUGAAGUAACGACAGUGGUGGACGUAAAAGAGAUCUUCAAGUCUUCCUCACCCAUCCCUCGCACUCAAGUCCCGCUCAUUACCAACUCCUCCUGCCAGUGUCCACACACCCUGCCCCAUCAGGAUGUCCUCAUCAUGUGUUAUGAGUGGCGCUCCAGGAUGAUGCUUCUUGAAAAUUGCUUAGUUGAAAAAUGGAGAGAUCAGCUUAGUAAACGAUCCAUACAGUGGGAAGAGAGGCUGCGGGAGCAGCGGAGAACAGCUCAGGACAAGAAGCCAACAGCCGGGCGCACCAGCCGCAGUAAUCCCCCCAAACCAAAGGGAAAGCCGCCUGCUCCCAAGCCAGCCAGCCCCAAGAAGAACGUUAAAGCUAGGAGUGCCCCAAAGAGAACAAACCCGACAAGAGUGUGAGCUCACUGAUUUCCAAGACGGAGACUUCCCUCCGGGAUGAGGCUGGGAAUCCCGGGACAGCCCAGGUAGGGCCAUGCGCCCCUCACCUUCGCAGCUCACUGCAGCACUCUUUAGACACAUCCUGCAGCAGUUUUCUUCAUGAUAUGCUUCCAUUUUUCUCUGUAAGCCACAGCAAGCCAUAGCGGUAAGUUUGCCCUUUAAUAUGGAAGGUGGACUGAAGCUGGUGGGAAAAGCUGAUGGCAUUCAGAGUGGCCGGUGUAAGAUCCCCACGGGGGAAAAACGUGCUUUUCACAAUUUGACCUAAUAUGUGCAUUGCAACAUAAAUGUCGUACUUCAAACACAACACCUGUUUUUUUUUACAAUUUUUUUUUUUUACGUUUGACUUCUGUCAAAAUGUUAGUUGAUAUUUUCAAAUGUUAUUGAAAAUGUAAUGCUUCUUAAGGAGGAAAGCAAGAAUGAAUGUUUAAAAGACCUUUAUGUGUUUAUUGUCUGCAGAAGGAUUUUGGUGAUGAAAAGAGACUGGAGAAGUGGGAUAUGGAAAAUUAUAAUGUGUAUUUUUUUUUUUAACAAAGAAGACUUUCUGCUCUGUUUUUAGCUAGAAACUUUAAAAACUAAAAUAAUAAUAAUGAUAAAUAAAUAAAAAGGAGAGGCAGACAGAUGAUGUCUGGACCUUUGUUUUCUGGUUACUGUGCCAUGGUGGAGAUGCUCUGAGUUCAUGAUUAUGAUGACGUUUAUGAAUACCCUCUAAGCAGCACCGGAAACAGUGAGCUUGUUUAUCUCAUUAUGACUUAGGCACCUAUUAGUUGAUCAACCCUCAAGUAUUUUAUACCCACAGCAAGAUACGUGUGGUGCUCACCUCACUUCUCAGGCCAUCCUGGCAUCUUGAUUUUUAAAAUUCAGAGAAUGUUCCCUCUGCUGAUUGCUGGUGCUUACAGCAGUGCUGUGGGGCCGUGGUC